UCAUUUUUCUCUCUAUUGGUUAGCUUUCUAUUAUUUUGCAGUUCUGUGAUUGUUCUAUUUCUUGGGCAAGGCGAUAGAGGAAAGUGAGCGCCGAGCGAUAUAAAGUUAUAAACAAACCAGUGAACCAUUGGUGAGCUGAGGACGGUGAGUGUUGUCGAUGACUUUUGACAGAGAUCUUUACAUGCAUCAUUGAUCACCGUCACAUCAUAAUGAAGAGUUAGUAAUUUGUGAGUAUCAAAACAAGAACGCAGAGGACACCACAAUGGCUACCAGUAGAGAACCAAGAGACAUCAAGAGACUCAUGCAGGAGCAGAUGAAGAACAAAGCCAUCACAAGACAGAUUGACUCACCACAUGCAAAAUACAAUAGUCGUGGACAGUUGAUGUGUGUGGUAUGUGGGACAACAGUGAAGAGUGCCAUUAUUUGGCAGGCACAUGUCAACAAACGAUCUCAUCAGGAGAAUCUGGCAGGCCUAAAAAAAAAACAGCAGCAGCUCAAUACUAUAAGCACCAGUACCACCAGCAGCAGAGUCGCAAGAGAAGGAGAGAGUCAGAAGAGAUCAGCAUCACCUGAUACCCAUUCACACAGCAAAAAAUCAGCUCCUCCAUCCAAACCCAAAGGAAUUCUUAAAAAGGUUACCACAUACUCUUCCGAUGAAAGUGGAGAUGAGAAGCCAAAUGAAGCGGGACCUCCACAAGAACCACAGCCAUAUUUGCCUGAAGUUAAGACAGAAAAUGGGCACACAGAAGCUCAUCCGAAUGGUGUUCCUGAUGGCUUCUUUGACUCUGAUAAGACCUCAUCUGUGCCACAAGAAGGAGAGUCAAUAUACAAUGAAAAGCCACCAAAGCCAAAGCAUCCUCCAAAACCUAAUACAAGUGAAUCUUUACCUGAAGGCUUCUUUGAUGACCCAGUGGCAGAUGCUAAGGCCCGCAAUGUAGAGUAUAAGGACAAAGAUGCAGAGGAGUGGCUGUCCUUCAUGAAGGAAGUCUCGGCUGCAGAACAGGAGAGCCGCACUAUUAUUGAGGAGGAUAAGGAGGAAGCAGCCCUUGCAACACAAAUUGAACAAGCAAAUGAACAAAUUGCUUGUUUAGAAAAAGUUGUAGAACUUGAUAAAAAGAAGACAACUCAGCUACAGGAUAGAGGAAACACACGUACAGGUUCUGAUGACAGUGAAGAUUCAAGCGAUGAGGAAUUUGCACCUAUCAUAUGGAGGACGAAAAAUUCUCUCAUUUAAUUUUUAAUAGCAGCAGCAACAGAAUCAGCAGCAGCAGCAGGACUGGCAUAACCCAAGAACCCCAAUAAGGUUGUAAGGUCUCCAUUAACGACUCCGAGGUUUCAGUUCAUCAUAGCACGACCUCAGGAAUAUAUAAUUUUUCUUUUGUGGAUUGAAGUAUUCAUGACCCUGCAAAAUAAUUUGAUUGAUAACAGGAACACUGUGACUUUUUGUAACAAUAUAAACACACAAAAUGAUACCUGAUGAAAUUAAUCAAAUUCCAUGUGUUUUGUGAAACUCUCCCCUUUGGCACAGUUACAUUAUAAUCCAAUAAACUCAUUCAUCAUUCACUUAAUGUAUAUGAUCAUCACCUAUUAAAAUAUUCAUAUAAAAAAUCCUUCACAGUUUUUAUUUUUCACAUAUCUUUUCAAGGUCUUGGUAUCUACUGAAGGACAUUAAUGAUAGGUAUUAAACCAGACAGAAAAUUCUUCAACGCAUCUAUUCAGAUCCAGUCACUCGCUUCCAUUCUCUCUCAGGCAUUUCAAACAUUACACUUCUGCACUCUUCCUUGUCUUCCAUAAUUUCCAUCUAAUGCUGCACUACUGAACAGACCACCUCACCUUCAUUGUGACUCCUUGGAAAAAAAAAAAAAAAAAUGCUGGAUAUCUAAAAUAUGUAUUAAUCAGCAUAUAAUUCAUAUCUACAUCUAACUAAUAUGAAAAUACCCUAAGCUUACCUUUGACCAAUCAUAGGAUACAGCAUAAGCAAAUAUCUGGCCAUUGUGACUGAAAGCACAACAGGAUAUGGGCUGUUCCAUUGCUUCCGAAUUCUUAAGCUUUGUUCGAGCAUCUUUGUCCCAAAAACUAAAUCUGCCAUCAGAACCAACUGUGGAUAGUGUUCCAUGGACUGGAUGGAACUUGAUGUCAUUUACCUGUCAAAAAAUAAAGCUUCAAUUAAAAAGACAGGUUUGAUGCUUUAGUAUUCAUUUCAAAUUUAUUAUAUGGAAUAGAGACCACCCCAGGGAUGAAACACUAAACUGAGAGAGAGAGAGAGAGAGAGAGAGAGAGAGAGAGAGAGAGAGAGAGAGAGAGAGAGAGAGAGAGAGAGAGAGAGAGUGCUUAAUAUAAAACUUUAAAUAUUGGUGAUAUCAAUGUUUAAUUUUUACUUUGUCCCUCUAACAUAUGCCAGAAUACGCUAAUAUUUUGACAUGAAAGGUACUAGGGGAUAAGUGAUGUUAAUCAUACAAACUUAUUGAGGGGGAAAGUAGGUAACUGCAUGCAGGCCAUUUGUACAGCCACUGCAAUGAAAUGCAAUGAAGUAAAGAAGUCAUGAGCAAGCAGAUUCUUGUUAAUAUAUUGCUAAUUAAGGCUGGUGAAAUAAAUAAAGAAGUUGUAAAUAUCAA